AUGCAUCGUUUAGUUCCAAAGUGUGGUCUCAAUUUUAAACCGACGCCUCAAAAGCCAAUUGAAUACAAGUAUGGUCCACGAUCUGUAGCCAUCGGUGAUUUCGAUAAUGACACGGUUUUGGAUAUGGUUAUUGCCCAUCAUAUAGUGAACAAAAUAGCUGUGUUUUUGGGAAAAGGUGAUGGCAGUUUUAGAAAUCCAAUUAUGUAUUCAACAGGUUCCUACUCUAGUCCUUAUAUGGUCACAGUUGAGGAUUUCAACAAUGACUACCAAUUGGAUAUCGCGGUAGCUAAUUUCGGCACUAACAAUAUUGGUAUCUUUCAUGGAUUUGGGAAUGGAUCUUUCUCAAGUCAAAUAGAGUUUUCAACAGGCUCAUCUCGUCCGAUAGCAAUUAUUGUCGCUGAUGUCAACAAUGAUUCACUACUUGAUAUUGCCACCGCCAAUCAUGGAACUCACAGUAUUAGCAUAUUCUACCAACAGGGCCAUGGAAAUUUUUCGCCUCCAAUUACAUAUUCAACAGGUUAUGAUUCUCUGCCAUCCUCAUUAGCUGCUGGAGACUUCAACAAUGACAACUAUUUAGAUCUCGCUGUCGCCAAUUAUGGCACGAAUAAUGUUGGUAUACUUUUUGGAAAUAGCAACAGCACUUUUGAAAAACAAAUCACCUUUUUCACUGGCGUUGGUUCACAUCCGUAUUCAAUCGCUGUUGGCCAUUUCAAUGAUGACGGAUUUGCCGACAUAGCAAUCGCCAAUUUUGGAAUUUAUGAAAUAGGUGUACUUAUAAAUAAUGGCAAUGAAACUUUCGCUAAUCAAGUCACCUAUUCUACUAGUUCUGCUUCUCCAUAUGCAAUUAGCGUCGUAGACUUCAACCAAGAUGAUCGAUUAGACAUCGUCAUCACUAAUAAUGGCAUUAACAAUAUAGGUGUACUUCUUGGACAUGGAAACGGCAGUUUUGAAAAUCCGAUCCCGUAUUCAACCGGAUCUUCUUCUUCAAUUUCCUUUGCCAUAGGUGAUCUCAACAAGGACACUCGACUAGAUAUCAUUGUCGUAAACAAUGAUACUGGUAGCAUAGAUAUUCUUCUUGGUCAAUAUGAAGGUUUUUUAAAUCAAACAAGAUAUUCAGCUGGCUCUUCGCCAGGAUCAGGAGUUGUUGGUGAUUUCAACAACGACACUCGACUAGAUAUCGUUGUCGCCAAUUACGGUAGCAAUGAUGUGAGUGUCCUUCUGGGAUAUAAGAACGGUUCUUUUGCAAAAGAAACAAGAUAUUCAGUUGGCUCUAAUCCAAUAUAUAUAGCUGUUAGUGAUUUCAACAACGACACUCAACUAGAUAUCGUUGUCGCCAAUUACGGUAGCGAUGAUGUGAGUGUCCUUCUGGGAUAUAAGAACGGUUCUUUUGCAAAAGAAACAAGAUAUUCAGUUGGCAAAUGGCCAACGUCUGUAGCUCUUGGUGAUUUCAACAACGAUACUCGACUAGAUAUUGUUGUCGCCAAUCAGUUGAGCAAUGAUGUGAGUAUUCUUCUUGGAUAUGAGAACGGUUCUUUUGCAAACCAAACAAGAUACUCAAUUGGCUCUUGGCCAGGAUCUGUAGUGGUUGGUGAUUUCAACAAUGACACUCGACUAGAUAUCGUUGUCGCUAAUGAUGUUAGCAAUGAUGUGAGUAUCCUUUUUGGAUAUGAGAACGGUUCUUUUGCAAAAGAAACAAGAUAUUCAGUUGGUUCUUAUCCACAAUCUGUAGCUGUUGGUGAUUUCAACAACGACACUCGAUUAGAUAUUGUUGUCGCCAAUCAGAUGAGCAAUGAUGUGAGUCUCCUUCUUGGAUAUGAGAACGGCUCUUUUGAAAAAGAAACAAGAUAUUCAGUUGGCUCUAGUCCAAUAUCUGUAGCUGUUGGUGACUUCAACAACGACACUAGACUAGAUAUUGUUGUCGCCAAUAGCGGUAGCAAUGAUGUGAGUGUCCUUCUUGGAUAUGAGAACGGUUCUUUUACAAAACAAACAAAAUAUUCAGUUGGCCUUUCGCCAAACUCUGUAGUUGUUGGUGAUUUCAACAACGACACUCGACUAGAUAUCGUCGUUGCCAAUGCGGCUAGCAAUGAUGUAAGUGUCCUGCUGCAAAAUAACAGAGGAACGAUAGCAUAUGAAAUGGCCUAUGCAUCUGGUGAUGGAUCUAGCCUACAAUGUGUAGUGAUUGGUGAUAUGAAUAACGACACUAAUGUUGAUAUUGUCUUGGCUAAUUACGGCACUAAUAAUAUAGGUAUCCUUUUCGGAUAUGGAAAUGGUAGUUUCGAAAAUCAAAUGAUACUUACCACAGACUCAAAUUCUCAUCCGACUUCGAUUACUAUUGACGACUUCAAUGGUGACAGUAUAGUAGACAUUGCUGUGGUCAAUUAUGGUACAAAACAAGUAGGUAUGAUGCUUGGAUAUGGGAACGAAACAUUUGCAAAUCAAACAAGUGGAGGAAUUAGUUUUGAUUCACGUUCGUUAGCUGUGGCUUCUGGUGAUUUUAAUAAUGACAAACGAUCAGAAAUCGCUAUCACUUAUGACAAAAGAGAUAAUGUAGAUAUCUUUGUUGCAUACAAUCUUCAUCCUUUUGCAAAAGAAAUCAGAUAUUCAGCUGGCAUCAUUCCAUAUUCUGUUGCUGUUUGUGACUUCAACAACGACACUCGACUAGAUAUCGUUGUUGCCAAUCGCGGUAGCAAUGAUGAGGCCAAACAAAGGUGUUGUUUUCCAUCCGAACAUGGACUAACACAUGAUCAAUCAGGUGCUGUGUACAUUUACACAGUGGAAUGGGGUGAUACUGUUUUGUAUCGUGUAUUAAAUUUGGAAUUGCGAUCAGAAAAUCGACAAGCAUUUAAGAUAUGGUUUCCAUAUUUAAAAUUAUUUGAUACAGCAUUGGAUAAGUUACCUACUGUUAAACAGAUUGUAUGGAGAGAUGUACUACUUGACAUUGGUAAGAGCCUCUGCAAAGAUCAAACUGUGACAUGA